AGUGUCAAAUCCAAAAGUUUGCCGCCAAAAACUUCGCCGGAAAGUAGUGUUUUUAUUUUUUAUGUGAAAUUGUUAUUUAUCCCUGAUAAUAAUAUUGUAUUUAGGUGCAUUUAAUAAUUUAACAAUUAAAUUUGCGAACAUAUGAAAACAUUAAGACGUUAACAUGCAACAAAAUGGCACUGAAAACCCAAUCGCAAUGCACGAGGAGUAUCACUAUUUAAACCUCGUAAAGACAAUUAUUGAGACUGGAGACAAAAGAAUUGACAGGACUGGCGUUGGUACCUUAUCAAUCCUUGGAGCAAUGCAAAGAUACUCUCUGCGUAAUAAUAUUCUGCCACUCUUGACGACUAAACGCGUUUUCGUUAGAGGAGUAAUUGAGGAACUACUGUGGAUGAUAUCUGGGUCUACAGAUAGCAAAGUUUUAGCCAGCAAGGGAGUACAUAUUUGGGAUGCUAAUGGUUCCAGAGCUUUUCUAGAUAAUCUUGGAUUUACUGAGCGUGAAGAAGGUGAUCUUGGACCAGUGUAUGGGUUCCAGUGGAGACACAGCGGAGCUAAGUAUAUUGAUGCCAAAACAGACUACACAGGACAAGGCAUUGACCAGCUACAAAAUGUUAUUAACACUAUCAAAACCAAUCCUAGCGACCGAAGAAUGUUGAUGUGUGCUUGGAACCCAUCAGACCUAGGCAAGAUGGCCCUUCCUCCCUGUCACUGCCUGGCGCAGUUCCACGUAGCUGGCGGCAGACUCUCCUGCUUGCUAUACCAACGGAGUGCUGAUAUGGGCUUAGGAGUCCCAUUCAACAUUGCCAGUUAUGCUCUGUUGACACAUAUGAUUGCACAUAUCACUGGAUUAGAGGCUGGUGAGUUUGUUCACACCACCGGAGACACUCAUGUAUACCUAAACCACAUUGAACCACUGAAAAAACAAUUGGAGAGGGAGCCAAGGCCCUUCCCAACUUUGGAGUUUGCUCGAAAAAUUGAGUGCAUUGAUGACUUCAAGUAUGAAGAUUUUAUUAUUAAAAACUAUAACCCUUACCCAAAGAUUGAUAUGGAAAUGGCUGUGUAACUUAAAUUAUUGUUUUAUCCACAAGUAUAAUUAGAACUACCAGUAGGUAGGUUUAGGCAUAGGAUAGUUAUUAUUGUUAGAAAAAGUAUUAAACAUAGUUUUGUAUAAAA